AGCAGCAAUUAGAAAAUAUGAGAGAAGAACGUGAUUCUUGGAUGGAGCGAGUAACUUCUAACGUGGCUGAUGAUUAUUUUAAUGAAAGUCGACUUGAACUUAUAAAUGGAAAUAUUUUGUUGAAAGUUAUCUAUAGUCAUCUGACCUUGUCAAAAAAUGAGCAAAAUAAUGCGUGGUUAUUUUCUAUUGAUGUGAAAUCUUAUAUGCAAGAAUUUGAAAGGAGACAUUUGUUGAACCAUUCUUCUAUGUCAUUAUCUUUGAGAUGA